AUGUAUAAGGCCCGUAAGGUGAUCCCCAACGCUCUCUUCCCAGGUGAAAGUGGUGAUGAUCAGCUUGUUGAGAUUGUUAAGAUUCAGAGGCUUUCUCUCUCUAGAUUUCUCUCCACCGAGCUCUUCUCGUUUCCCUGCGAAAUUCUGCCGCCCGGGUCUUUUUUUCAGCGGCGGAGCUCCCUUCGCAUGCGCCGUACAAGGCCGCAAGGGGAGGUUUUGACGGAGGCGAAGCGCAUUGCCGGUAUUAACGAGGGGAGCUUCGGGAUCAGUGAGGCCCCUCCUGGGGAGAAAGAUGGAUGCUUUGUGGUUUUGUGGAUGUUAUGUUGUCUUUCAAAUACUGGAAUUAGGAAGUAUUGGGGGGUUGGGGAGGCAGAUGGGGUUGGUCCAAUUGAAAUCCAACAGUUGUUUUUGCACUUAUUCUUUCUGUGUAUUACUUGGACAGGUUGGAAACCGCUGCGUGGGGCAAACAAAGCUUACGGUGAAAUGGAUGGUGAAGACAGUAAUGAUUUUGACUGGAAUACUGAUGAUGAGCUGGAAAUUGAGAACUUUACGUUGUCUACUUCUUCAAGUUUGACAGUUGGUGGAGAAGCUAUUGUGAGAUCUGGGGAGUCGAGCUCAUCGGCCGGUCCCUCCAAUACCAAAGUUCUUGAUCACUUUGUGGCGAUGGGAUUUUCUGAAAAGAUGGUUGUCAAAGCAAUUCAGGAACAUGGUAAGAGCAUUGUAUCAUUUCAUUUCAGUAAACGUUUUCAUACGAAUGGUUCAAUUACUGCUCUGAUGGAAUAUCCAGGAGAAGAAAAUACAGAUUCAAUUCUGGAAACCCUCCUCACUUAUUCGGCUCUUGAGAGUUCUCCUGAAGAAAAGCAGGAAGUAGAAACGCUCCAGGAAGUAGAACCACAGGAAGUAGAACCGCAGGAAGCUGAUUCCGAUGACUUCUCUCUUGAUGAUUACGAUGAGAGCUUUCUGGAUGAUUUUUCAGACUUGGAUAGCUGUUCUGAUACCGAGGAAAUCAUAAAUCCUACAUCGGAGAAAGGGAAGAUACGGUCCUUGGUCAAUAUGGGGUACACAAUGGAGGAGGCCUCAAUAGCAAUCGAAAGAUGUGGUACAGACUCCACUGUUGUUGAGUUGACUGAUUUUAUAUGUGCUGCUCAAAUGGCACGGGCGGAAGAUGCCCUUCUUCCGAUUGAAGAGAAGCCUGGAUCACAUUCAUACAAGAAGAGGAAACUUCUCGAGUAUGAGAUCCUAAAGAAGAAGAAGAGGCAGAUGCGGCUUUGUGGAAACCAAGGGGAUGAUGAUGAGACGGUUCAUCUCCCAAAUCCAAUGGUUGGGUUUGGCACCCCAACUGAUCCAUAUGUGCUGACACAUAGGACUCUCCCAGAGGCAGCUGUAGGGCCUCCAUACUUCUAUUAUGAGAAUGUCGCACUAGCUCCUAAAGGGGUUUGGACCACCAUCUCCCGCUUCCUGUAUGAUGUGCAGCCGGAGUUUGUGGACUCAAAGUACUUUUCUGCUGCUGCAAGGAAGAGAGGUUAUGUCCACAACCUCCCCAUCCAGAAUAGGUUUCCUCUCAUGCCACAGCCCCCAGACACCAUAGCCAAGGCAUUUCCCUUGACAAGGAAAUGGUGGCCUUCUUGGGACAAUCGGGAAAAGCUAAACUGCUUGCAAACAUGUAUUGCAAGUGCUAAGUUGACUGAGAGGAUCAGGAAGGCUAUUGAGCAAUUUGAUGGGGAACCACCAGAGAGAGUCCAGAAGUAUGUCCUUGACGAAUGCCGCAAGUGGAAUCUGGUGUGGGUAGGGAGAAAUAAGGUCGCCCCACUUGAGCCUGAUGAAGUGGAGAUGCUUUUGGGGUUCCCAAAAAACCACACAAGGGGAAUAAGCCGGACUGACAGGUACAAGUCACUUGGGAAUUCCUUCCAGGUUGACACUGUGGCAUAUCAUCUGUCUGUGCUCAAGGAUAUGUAUCCCAAUGGCAUCAACGUCCUCUCCCUCUUUACUGGCAUUGGAGGGGCAGAAGUAGCCCUUCACCGGCUUGGUGUCCCUCUGAAGAAUGUUAUCUCUGUAGAGAUCUCAGAAGUGAACAGAAACGUUGUGAGCAGUUGGUGGGAGCAAACCAACCAGAGAGGGAGGUUGCAGCACGUUGAUGAUGUGCAGCAACUGAAUGGUGAUCACCUUGAGCAGUACAUGAGCGAGUUUGGCGGAUUUGAUCUGGUGAUUGGUGGGAGCCCGUGCAACAAUCUAGCAGGCAGCAAUCGACAUCAUCGUGAUGGACUGGAGGGAGGUGAAGGUAAGAUUGUGAGUCGCCCUCGACUAACACUUGCUUGUGAAAUAAACGGUACAUAUUCGCCAUACAAGUGUGUUGUGGCAUAUGGUCUAAGAAGGUUUGGUAAGCCGAUCCCACUUGACACUCUUCAUCCGCGUUGGAGAAAAUUAGAUUUUAUCAAUGUGCCAAAUAAUAGUGAACAACUAGUUCAUCUGGAAAACUCACCGGUAGAAAGAUUUAAUAUGUGGUAUGAAGACCAAAAUGAUGAUAAGAAACUGGAGCUCAAGAUGAAAAUUGAAGAGCUAAUGAACCCAGAGAAGAAUUCCCUUAUUAGUCAAACUGAUGUUAAUCCUGAUGGAAACUGUGGAUAUAGAGUCAUAUAUGUGGCAUUGGGAAUUGAUAAUGAAUGGCGUAAGGUACAUUUGUCUGAAUGUCACCCUAUGCCACAAAUUUCUACCAUGUGGCACAAAAAGAGUCAAAUGGGCAGUGAUAUUAGAGUGAAAAAUUUGUACUCAAAUACCAGGAGUGUGUCAAUUUAA